CCAAAUUUGCUCGAUUUAAGUUCAGAGCUUCCAGUCCUUUCCCAACCGAGGGUGAUAAAUACGCCUGCAAGAACCGUUUCAUCUUAUAGUGUUGGAUUAUUGAUUGCUAGUUGCUAUCCGGCCGUCGCAAGGACUGCCACUCUAACCUACGUGGUAGAACGGAACCUCUGUAGUCUGACCUGUUAUCCAACUAGAUAACGCGCGCCGGUCCAAUGGGACUUGGAUUAUCAGAGUCGCCAUUCGUCGCCCUUCCUUGACUACUUAUGCUUCUUUUCUUGUGCCUUUUAAGGAGACGACCCCUUUGUAAACAAUUCUCCAAGUCAAAGCUCAAAUGAUUUCUGCAUGAAAGCAGCAAAAAUAACAGAAGACGACAUCGUGGAGUCCGAUGAUUCUGGUACACACAUUGACGACUUACUGUUUUUUGGUUCAGAGGAGCUUGCUUCACUGCUGUUAAUCUGGCGAAUUUAUCCCGCACUUUAGAAUUCCGACGACGGGCGGUCAGUCUCAAAGUGGGCGCCAAGGGAUCUCAGCAACCGGAAUACAUGCCAGCACUGCCAACUGAGAGGCUGGAGAGCGCUUUGUCGCGAUCCUCAAGGCUAUCUGAUCUUCAGUUAUCCAGGAAACGACCCUCAGUGUGCCUCAGUGUUCCCGGUAUGACCUGCCCGGCACCGCUUCUCGUCGCCGAUCAGGUAUUUUGUUCCACCAGAUUUAUGUGGUCAGUUGUAAUUAAUUAGCUCUACUGACAACUUACAAGUAGAUAUUUAUAAUAAAUGUACUGUUCAUCGGAAUUUAUUUUGGGUAGGUCCCUGCCCAACCACCUCCACCAAAGCCCAUUCCCCUCAGAGCCCGCCGAAGGGCCAGUUUAAUGGAUCCCAAUGAAUACUAUCCAAUGGCCAGCCCACGACGAGGAAUCUGUCUCAUUAUCAAUAGUAUGACGUACUGGCACCCGAAAUUCCAGGUUUGUAAUUAAUUGUUAUCUCCCAGGCGACAUUCUUUAAUUUUUAAAAUAAUUUUAAGGUUUUGCGUGUAGUCUGUUGAUUGGUGAAAUAUAUUACACAGUUGUCAGUCGAGGUAAUCUGAUGGCGCCAUAUACUGGGCAAAAAUUCAGGAUUGUCGGACUAGACGGGACGGCAACGUCCGAAGCUGCAUUUAUAGGCGCGGAAUGAACCGAACUGUGAGUGUUUAUAGGCACGGCAUAGUACACCCACUGUUGAAAUGCGCAAUAUUUGGGGAAAAAUUUCAGUUAUGUUUUGUACUUCAGCAAGUUCUGUUAUCCUGCUCAAAGUACUCUUAUUUGUCUACUUUUUAUAGUACUAG